AUAGUGUGGCACCCGCGUUAGGUGGUAUCGGUAGGCGAACGCGACAUAACGUAAUAUAGGUUCGGUGAAAGGCUCGGUCGGGCUUGGUCUCGAUUGAGUUCACAGUGCCGCGUAGUGUGGUACAGAAUAGUUGUCCCGUUCCUCCGUGUUUUAACCGAUCUUCCCCGUAGCGGAUACCGUAAUUUUUAGUUCUGUCGGUCCUUCUUCGACACCAGAUUCCCCGUUACAAUUACCAUCGCACCAAGCGGUAAAGACUUCGCGGCUGACCUGCCGCUUGCUAGAACAGAGAUCGGAAGAGAGAUAGGCCAAAAGAGACUCGUCUCACGAUCCGUCCGAGCACUCUCCUACAGUGGUCAAUGAUCGCCGCAGCCUCCGCCCUUGAAUUCAUGUAAGAAAAAUUACACAUUCGUACCCGUACCACGUUCGUACGUCGAUCCGAUUAUUAUGCAUUGUUUCGUAUGGGUAUGCUUCUACUUCUAGUUCGGUAUUUUUCUUCAUUAUCGCUAUGUAUUUAUUUAUUUUUUUACAAAUUUGACGUGUGAAAAUUAUUUAACAUCGGACGGAUCCCCUCAAGAACGAUAAUAACGGCAACCUGUUCACUUCGAGGAAUUAGUGAGUGAUUUGAUUGUAUGAUCUUUCCGUUAUACCUACAUAAUAUUGGUUCAUGCAAAAUCAGUUAUACUUAAUUGUGCGCGCAUCAGAAUUUUCGUCUCGCUCGUUCAGGCCCGAGUUGAUAAUUCAAAGCUGGAAUUCUUCGUUCGGUCGGAUGGUAUGCACAAGAUGAACGUUUGACCUCGAAACCUUCUCUGAAUAAAAUAUACACGAAACCGAUCCUGCAGCCGUCAUGGCGUACCGAGCAGUGGGAAGUUUGUCGCUGAGUUCGGUAAUUUUGGGGCUGAUUUCGACGUUGACGUAUUCACAAGAAUGGCGACCUUGCGUCGAGAUAAAAAGAGACCUCUACAUACCCUGCAAGUGCUCCUUAUCAUCGGAUCAUGGACUUGCCAUUGUAAUGAAUUGCGAUGGUGUAAUUUUUACCCGCGACACAACCGAAAGACUGAAGCGGCAGCCAAUAGUUUCGUUCAGCCAGAAGAAUGUUGGCUAUAAAAAAUUACCCGAGGAUCUUAUAGCAGCAGGAUUACCACUUGAGAUGUUAGACUUGUCCGGAAAUUCUAUUCAAAGACUGAUGGAUCGUCUUUUGAAUUCGCAAAAUCGACUCGAGGAACUUAGAUUAGCCGAAAACCUGCUAGGUGACAAUUUGAACCCAAUAUUCUCUAGCAACGAGUUUCACGAAAUGGCAGAACUCAGAGUUCUUGAUCUAGCGAAAAACGGACUGCGAAGCAUAGAAGAGGGAAUUUUCAAGGGAUGCCAGAAACUGGAAGAGCUAUAUUUGGAUGAUAAUAAUUUGACGCACGUCCCAGCAGCCUCUUUGAAGGGACCACAGGGCAUAAAACUUCUCUCUCUUUCUCGUAAUAACAUCGGAACUGUGAUGAGAGAUGACCUUGUCGGUAUCAGCGAGUCGUUGGAGCGCCUGGACCUUAGUUGGAACAUCCUAUCGCACAUGGACGACGAAGCAUUCGCCGGCUUAGGAAAUCUCACGUUCCUCAAUGUCUCCCACAAUGAUUUGACGCGAUUCAACAGCGACGUUUUUAAAGGAAUUUUAAACUUGCGGCAACUUGAUCUUUCGAUGAACUACCUCAAGGAGUUCCCUACCGAACCCCUGAGGCAUUUAGACCAGUUGACUUUCUUGAACAUUGCCAACAAUUUAAUUAGCAACAUUGAACAAGCGCAUCUAUCAAGGCUGGCAGAACUACAAGUGUUGGAUCUUAGUCGAAACAACAUUGGUCGCUUAGGAGUGAGAGCAUUCUUUGACCUUUCUAGUCUGGUCCAUCUCGAUUUAAGCCUGAAUGCCCUCCGUACGAUUGAAGAGUCUUCUUUCGAAGGCUUAGUAAAUUUGAAGUGGAUAUCCUUGCAAGAUAACAACAUCCUGCUCUUACCUGGGUCCGCAUUGUCUCGUCUCCCUGCUCUGACACAUUUGCACAUCGAGUAUAAUCGUAUCGCCGCUCUCUCCAUCGAUCUCCUUCGCUCAGCCUCUCCAUUGCUCCAGACUUUAGGUUUGUCUCGCAAUUUGAUUAGAGAGAUACCCGCUCGGUUGUUUGAGAAUUUCAAAGGCUUGACCACUAUCCAACUCAGCGAUAAUGCACUGUCGUCUUUGUUGCCAAACACAUUUUUUGGUAUAGAAGACACCCUGCAGAACCUUGAUCUCUCUCACAAUCGUUUAACGACCAUUGGUGAACUGCCUUCGACUAGUUUGAUAUCUUUGAAUUUGGCUGGAAACAAUCUCAAGCGAGUUUCGCCGGAAACCUUCAGCAUUAUGGGCAAUCUACAACAACUCAACUUGAGCAACAAUCCUCUCUAUGGUGGAUUUCCACCGAUUUUUCCGCCGAUGCUGAAAUCAUUGGACAUUUCAUACACUGGGCUGAAAAUUUUACCUUCUAUUUUAUUUCGAAAUCUGGAACACCUCCAGGAAGUAUCAGUAGCUGGCAACUAUUUACAGGAGAUUGGUGAGGGUACUUUUCAGUACCUGUACAAUUUGUCUUCCAUUGUUCUUUCGUUCAAUGCCAUUGAAAGCAUACAGAAAGGAGCAUUUGUUAACUUGAUCAAUUUGUACAAGCUUGAUUUACGGAGUAACAAACUUGUCUCUUUUGGUGGAGAAUUUUUCAACACCGGAACUGGCCUGGAAGUAUUGAAUUUGUCGGAUAAUUUCCUAAGUUACCUAUCGCCCACAGCUUUUAUAAUUCAUCCGCGAUUAAGAGAAAUUAAUCUUUCUAACAACCGCUUUAUCUACUUUCCUAGCGAUUUCAUCAAAUCGCUACAAUUUCUUAAUAAAAUAGACCUUUCGCUAAACAAGUUGGUCAACAUAAAUGAAUUUGCAUUUUCUCAGUUAGCCAGGCUCAAGACAUUGGAUAUAUCGAAUAAUAAAUUAGAAUCAGUGGAUGAAUUAGCCUUCCAUAAUUCAACCCAACUUCAGACUAUACGCUUAGCUGGUAAUAAUUUGGAAUUGCUCAGCGAUCGAACCAUGGAAGGUAUACUUCGACUUGAACAUCUCGAUCUCAGUAAUAACAAGCUUGCAUCGUUACCAGAAACCAUGUUUGACCCAACCAGAAUUCAGGCUCUGGAAAAUAUUAAUUUAUCGGGAAACAGAUUCGAUCAGAUACCCGUUAAAGCAUUAAAGAAGCAAUCUCAUUCUCUGAACAGUUUGAAUAUGGCGCAUAAUAGAUUGGUAGAAGUCUUCAACCAAGAUAUUGUGGGUCACCUAAAAGAACUGGAUUUAUCGGGAAACCCUUUGAGUCCGAGUGCACUACGUGGAAUUCUUGGUGAGGCCAAGGUGCUUCGCUCUUUGAAUCUGGCAAACACAGGAAUCGAGAGUUUGACCAGAUUAGAAACUCCGUUUUUGCGUCAUUUAAAUAUUUCUGGAAAUAAUAUCAGUGACUUUGGACCCAUUGCCUUGGAACGAACAACUUUAUUGGAAACCUUAGAUAUUUCUCGAAAUAACUUGAGAUAUCUUGCUAAUAUGACAGAAACGUUUAGAAGUCUUCCGGUACUUCAGACACUGGAUGUUUCUAGUAACGCGAUCAGAGCCAUAAAUGACAGUAGUUUUGUCGGACUGAACUCGUUGCGAGAAUUAAGAAUAGUUGAUCUACCGAACUGCAACAGGAUCGAAAGAAGUGCUUUCAAAACAUUGAAGAGGCUCCAAUCCUUGCACGGCUAUAACUAUCCAAGACUUGGAUAUUUCGAUGUUCGAGGUAUACUGAAAUACAUGAACGGUAUCGAAGUUAUUGAUAUUGAAAUCAAAGACUCCUCAAUUGGUAAUGAACAAUUAUCAAUAAGGUCACAUCCUCGUCUACGAUCAAUGACUUUGAGAGGUGACAGACUACGCAACAUCCUAUCAAGCUCCCUUGUCGGUGUCCGGCAUUCGGAUCUCACGAUUGGCCUCAAGAACACAUCCAUUGAUACAAUUCCGAAUGCCUUGUUUUUUCCUGUACCUAGAUCUACAAGAGUUACUCUUGACGUAAGUGGUAGUCAGUUUACCAACUUGCCACAACAGUUUAUUGUUGCAUUAGAAGAGAGAAGUGAUACCAUUACUCUCAAGGGUUUGGAUUCGAAUCCAGUUAAAUGUGAUUGUCAAAUAAUACCUCUUUGGCGUUGGGUCGUAAUGUCAAAAUCGAAAAUGAAGUCAACAAUCAAAUGUGCGAGCCCAGUACAUUUGGCCGGACAAUACCUUGUGGACAUAAAUGAAGCUCAUUUAAGCUGCGACGUUGGAUCAUCUGCGAAAUUCGAAACAACUGAUACCACUACCUCCUUAAGAUCUACAAUAUUAGAACCAGAAAUAAUAUGGACUGCAGCUCCGCCUACUCAAGAUAAUAAAAAAAAAAAAUAUCACAGUGGAGACUUGCCAUUGACAACGGGUAAUAGUCCUACGACAACCGAUGAUACUUUAGUUAUUGGUAUUGUAGGAGGAGUGUUUGCUUUCAUAGCGAUUGUAGUUAUAAUUAUAUGCAUUUGUCGUUUGCGAUGGAGUAACCAUGUGAACGGAGCUCGGAUGGCGGCAAUGGCCUCCAGUAUUCAUGAAGCUUCCGUCGUCAGACCAGGAAGUACUUAUUCCGGAAAAGCUAAUCAAGAGAUUUACAUGGGGUCAUAUAACGGUUCUAUGCUCGGCCAUGGUAACAACAUGUCUGCGAUCUCUGGGUCACCCAUCCACACACCUCUACCAAUGAUGCCCUUUGUCCAACCGAUGCGUAUAAUCCAACCGAUGCACAGGCCUAUACCGCAACCGGUAUAUGGUUAUUAUGAGAAUCCCAAUGUCCCUAUUUAUAUGACAUACGCAUCCGAAGAUAAGUUUGACAGAUAAUCACAUAGCAUAUGGCAUCGUUACCAUAUCAAAAAUUUUAGGGCACACCAAUAGGAAUGCCAGAAAAAAUACCCCGCAAAGAUACAUCGUAUCACCGGUCCUCAAAUUUGACUCUUUUGAGGAAAGUACUAUAUUGAAAAAUUGAUCACAAUCAUCACAUCAAAUAUCAUCGAGACACUACGCAUUUACUUUUCAGAGUUAAUGCCCAUCGCUGCCAACCAUAUUGAUUUUACAAUAAAUGAAACAAGUGAAAUAAUGAACCCUGCAAUGCAGACUUUAUUUCAAAACUGAAUUGUAACUUAGCUUGUAUGGUUAAUCACAAUUCACCAAAACCAUGAAGAAUUCGGUCCACAAGACUAAAAGAACGAGUCCAAAUAUUCAUUGGUGCUCAAUAGUGUCAAUUAAAAAAGGCCGGUAUAGAAUUGUGUACUACCUUUUUUCACAGAUUAUUUCAAUCUGUGAAACUAUGUUAUCUGUCAUAAGUAUACAAUAUUGUAUUUACCCAUCAAUAAUACCAUGUAAUUUCGAUUGUAUUCAAAGAAACGGUUCGCCUUAUGGUGAGCGUUAGUUUUCUUCGCUUAUGAUUCGUUUCGAAUUUGAUUCGAUAAGGGCAUGUCGCUUAUAAGAGUAUACGUACACGACAUUGCCACCUGUUUGAAAGAAACUUGUAGAUAGCUUUUCAUCAUUUUAUACUUUAGAAGUAAUAGCUCGUAUUUAUAAAAGCAGAUACGAUCGAUUUGACUAUUUUCUGCACCUCGAGAGAAAUAUUCGUGAAUAAUUAGACGAGACAAAAGGGUACUGAUUAUUCCAACGAAUGCCCUAUUAUAGGCACACUGAAUGGAAAAUUACGAUUUGCGUGCGAAAAUGAAAAAAUUCACAUCUCUAUCGACGAACGCAACGAAACAUUAUCGUAUACUUAUUAAUAAUUUUCCUCCUUCUCUAGGCAAUGUAAAUAAACACUGAAUCAAGAUUUUAUCGUUAUGUAAACUCUAUUGUGUUUGAGUUAAUGUCACAGUUGUUUUAAUUUUUAAGAAAUGUGUUAAAACUUUGGAAUAAAGUGUAUUUUUUUCGAUUAAA